AUGACAGCGAUGCUACUCUUCUUCAUAGCCAGUUGUUUUCUGGCCACCCAUCAGGCCCAUGUGAUCUACCGCUGUGACCUGGCCAAGCUGCUGAAGGAGGAGGACUUGGAUGGAUAUGAGGGGUACUCUCUGAGUGACUGGAUCUGCCUGGCUUCUGUGGAAAGUGACUUCAACAUAUCAAAAGUCAAUGAAAAUGUAGAUGGCAGUUAUGACUAUGGCAUCUUCCAGAUCAACAGCCACCACUGGUGCAAUGAUCACAUCAGCCACUCAGAAAACAUUUGCCAUAUUGACUGCAAAGACCUGCUCACGACUGAUCUCAUUGGAGCCAUCAAUUGUGCCAAAAAGAUUUUGUCCAAAGGAGAAGGGAUGAGGAACUGGGCAAGGUGGAAGCUGCACUGUGAGGGCCGGCCACUCUCCUACUGGAUAACAGGCUGUCGCCUGAAAUGA